AUGAACAGUGGUGCUGCGGGAUAUAUGGAACCUUCGUCGCCACCUUUUCGAAAGCCGCCGGCACCACUCGACGACGCCCAUCCUAUAACCGGUCUUCGCGAGGCUAUACGAGCCCUCAACCAAGUCGAUGACGCGAUGAUGGCUUACGAUAACAAACUUACGAUUCCGUCUGUGACCAGGUCUCUCGAUGCCUUCGUGCAGGCAUUGAAAAAGGUACAGGACGGACGGCAUGUCUUCGGCGACGAAGACAUUCCGUUAGACCUGUUGGAGCGCAUAGAGAAGGAGGGUCUCAACCCUGAUGUGUACACGAUUGAGCGUCUAGAAAAGGGCUUGGAGGACUUGGAGGCGGUUGCGCUCAGGGAUCAACUGCUGGAGGAAAUCAAAGAGGGUAUGAAAGCAGGUAUGAAGCGGAAAGAGCGAAAUGACCCCGAGACACAAAAGAGCACGAUAGUUGUCAAGGAGGAAGACUCGUGA